UUCGAAAAUAAAAUUUGCAGCGAUACCUCAUCUCUCAGAUUACCGAUUUCAUUAUAAUUGGGUUCAAAUGAAAGCCUUUUUAACAGCGAAGACACUGCGAUUAAUUUCCUAUGAAAAUGAUUCCCAGGAUCCUAUGAUUAUAGGGAAUGAUCAUCGAUGCCACUCCACAUCGCGCUCAAUUUGAAAUUUUACAUCCUUCGUUAAAUAGUCUCGGUUGUCGUCCCAUUCGAUUUUAAUAUGGUAUAAUAAACUUGGCGCGGGACGAUCUACCGAGUCUCCUUAUAAUAUAUUGUCCAGUCCGUCUGUGACCACCGCACCUGUCACUCGCUUCAUUCUACGGUGGACCCCACAGAUUUAUAUUAUAAUUUUAUCAAAUAUUUGAAAUAAGAUAAUCAUUCGGUUCGAUCGCGGAUCGAUCGAUCGAUUAUUUACCUGCAAUAUACUAAUACCGGUCUUCGCUGCCCUAGCCACCUAUAAUUUUUAUUUGGCUUGUUUCGUUGCACCAAUUUUACAGUAUCGUCCUUUUUUUUCACCACCGCGAUUCACGAUGUCAGUGUACGAUUGAACGACAAAAUAAAAAUAGCUAAAUAAACACAAGACAAUUAUUGCCUUUUUAAAAUGGCCUCUCACGAUAAUUUGGGAUUUAUAUCGAGCACGGAGGCAGUCCACCAUACAAAAAAUUCGUCUGGACUGCAGGACCGCAUUAAUGAAAAAGUUACACAUUACGGUCGUAAUGAAAACGGUAACAGCAAUAACCGUACCGGUGGUUUUGAACUUGAAGAAACAAAAAAUAAGCCCGCCAACAUCAGCAAUGACCAAACCGAGCACGUAUACGAUCCAUAUCUACACAGAGAAGUUGAACAUCCAACAACCACCGCGGAUACGCUUCUUCAUCUGCUGAAAGGCAGCCUCGGCACGGGAAUUCUCGCGAUGCCAAAAGCUUUCGAUAACGCUGGUUGGGCUGUGGGGUUGAUAGGGACUCUAUUAAUUGGCUUACUGUGCACUUACUGUAUACAUUUACUUCUCAAAUCUGAAUACGAAAUGUGUCGACGUAAAAAAAUUGCGUCGCUCACCUAUCCGGCUGUUGCGGAAAACGCGCUCAGGGAAGGACCAAAUUUCUUCAAACGUUUCUCCAAAGCUGCCCCCCACAUAAUCAAUGUCUUUUUGAUGAUUUACCAACUUGGGGGAUGUUCCGUUUACGUUGUAUUUAUCGCGACCAAUAUUAAGACGGCCUUGGAGCCCCACGUACCCAUCAUCGACCUUAGAUUGUACAUGUUGAUUCUUCUGGUGCCAUUAAUUUUUAUAAAUUGGGUCAGAAAUCUGAAGUUUUUGGUUCCAUUUUCGACGAUUGCCAACAUCGUGUCUUUCGUCAGUUUUGGAAUAAUACUUUACUACAUAUUUCGAGAACCAUUGGAUUUUUCAGAACGCGAACCCGUUGGAAUGUUAUCGAAUUUUCCCUUGUUUUUUGGAACGGUUCUCUUUGCCCUGGAAGCUAUCGGCGUGAUAAUGCCGUUGCAGAACGAAAUGAGAACUCCCAAGUCGUUCGGAAGAUCGUUCGGAGUUCUUAAUAUCGGAAUGGGAACCGUAAUUAUUCUUUAUUUGGCCGUUGGAUUCACGGGCUACAUCAGAUACGGCAAUGCCCUCCUCGGAAGCAUAACUCUCAAUCUGCCGGAUGAGAUUUUAGCAAAAAGUGUACAAGUUUUAUUAGCGUUUUCCAUAUACGUCACCCACGCUCUCAUGUGUUACGUAGCCAUUGAAAUAUCUUGGAAUGAUUACCUGGGACCCAAAUUAGAAAAAAGUUCUCAUAGGCUGCUGUGGGAGUACGUCCUGAGGACCUCUCUCGUUAUUUUCACCUUUCUGUGCGCCGUGGCGAUUCCUCAGCUCGAACUCUUCAUCUCCCUGAUCGGCGCUCUCUCGUUAUCCGGAUUAGGACUCGGUUUUCCGGCGAUAAUUCACACUUGCGCUUUCUGGAAAGUGACUCAUGGAAGUCGGAAGAUAAUAAUGGUCGCCAAGAAUUCAUUCGUCGUAAUUUUUGGUAUCCUAGGGCUCGUUGCCGGAACUUACACCAGUUUACGAGAUAUCGUCGAAACGUUCCUCUGAAGAGAUUCACUUUCCACAUGAAAAUGAGAUGCAACCGUCAACCAAAAACCGAGGAAAGAAAGCCUAGGCAACGAUAUUAAAAAAAAAAUAUAUUUUUUCUCUGGAAUCUUUUCUCCGUAAAUGGAAGAAGAAUUGUGAACAACCCGACAGAAAUGAAUGAACUGUUUCGCGUUCGCAGUUCUUAAUCGCAAGAAGAUGGAGGAAACGAGGAAACAAAAUAUCGACGAAUCGAACGUAUCUGAGCUCGUUCGGUGCAGAAAUUUUCAAAUUUCUCGACGAUAUAUUAUCGAGUUUCGUACAAACUUACGAUUAUCAAGAUUCUCAAUCUCUUACAGGAAGACUCCGUCAAUUGACAGUUAUAAAGUAGAAGGAAAAAGUUAAAUCCACAGACUCCGAUUUGUAUAAAUUUCUCAAGAUGCUCGGACGUUACCACGAACCGGCUUAUUGUGGUUCCUUCGUAUUACAUACGGGGAAAAAAAGCGGCGAAUAAAAAAUGCAAAAGUACAGAAACUCAAGACAUGUUCUUUUUAUAAACUAUAAUCAUCGAGGACUAAAGGGGUAGCGUGAAAUGUAUACGUGUUUACAUGUGUCGUGCAUAAAUGUGUAUUCUGUGCAUACACCAGUUCACGCAUCAUAUGGAAAAUUUAAUCAACUAUCAGACGGAGAAGCCACGUGUAUCUAUUGUAUAAAACCCAUAAUAGAUAAGCCGACACUCGAAGAAAAAAAAAAUUAAGAAACGUUACGACUUUGUUACUUUUACAGAUCAUCAGAUUGACUAUCUUUUUACAAAUCAACGAAGAAGAUCGAUAAGACCCAUAAACAUUUCUUCACGGUAUACCUACGGUGCUUCUGUAUAUUACAGUUUACCAAAAUAAAUAUCCCCACUAUUAUUCUAGAAUUAUCA